GGCAAGUUAUGUGGUGAGUUUCAUAGCAGCAACAUACACAAACACAAACACAAACACACGUGUCGAGUGAAUUCAAAUCAAUUUAGGCAGAAAAUGAGGUGUUUUGGUUUUAUAGUGAUAGGUCUAGUGGCUGUGCUUGGAGGGUUACCCUUCUCCUCAAAUGCAAAAUUAGAACCCUGUUUUUACAAGAAGACUUGUCCCCAGGUGCAUUUUAUUGUAUUUAAAGUCGUAGAGAAAGUUUCAAGAACGGAUCCACGUAUGCCUGCCAGUCUCGUUAGGCUUUUCUUCCAUGACUGUUUUGUUCAAGGGUGUGAUGCAUCAAUUUUGUUGAACAACACUGCCACCAUAGUGAGUGAGCAACAAGCUCUGCCAAACAACAACUCAAUAAGAGGUUUGGAUGUUGUAAACCAGAUCAAGACAGAGUUGGAAAAAGCUUGCCCUGGCGUAGUUUCUUGCGCUGAUAUUCUUACCCUUGCAGCUGAAGUAUCUUCUGUUCUGGCUCAUGGUCCUUAUUUGAAAUUUCCCUUGGGAAGGAGGGAUAGUUUAACAGCAAAUAGAACCCUUGCGAAUCAAAACCUUCCUGCUCCUUUCUUCAACCUCACUCAACUUAAAGCUGCCUUUGCUGUUCAAGGCCUUGACACUACCGAUCUUGUUGCACUCUCAGGAGCUCAUUCAUUUGGCAGAGUUCGCUGCUUAUUCAUUCUUGACCGAUUGUACAAUUUCAGUGGUACUGGCAGACCCGAUCCAACUCUUGACACAACUUACUUAAAACAAUUGCGCCAAAUAUGCCCCCAAGGUGGGCCCCCUAACAACCUUGUCAAUUUUGACCCAACCACUCCUGAUACAUUGGACAAGAACUACUACUCCAAUCUUCAGGUUAAGAAGGGUUUGCUUCAGAGUGAUCAAGAGUUGUUCUCAACACCUGGUGCUGAUACCAUCAGCAUUGUCAACAAAUUCAGUAGUGACCAAAUAGCUUUCUUUAAGAGCUUUUCGGCUUCCAUGAUUAAAAUGGGAAAUAUUGGUGUGCUAACUGGGAAGAAAGGAGAAAUCAGAAAACAAUGUAACUUUGUUAACAAGAAAUCUGCGGAACUUGAUAUAGGUAGUGUGGCAUCCGAAUCAGAAGAGGGUCUGGUUAGCUCAAUAUGAAUGAAUUAGGAAGAGUUUUAUAUACACUAGGAAAUCAUGUGAUUGAAGGUUACCAAUAAAGAAGCUAUAUAUAGGCACAUUAUCCGUAUAAGUGCCCCCAGCUAGCUAUGUUUUAUUGUGGACGUGUGAGAUCUUUAUUGUUUUUUGAAUCAUGUUGUAUUCGUAGUCAACUUCUCUCUUUACAUCUCUGUUUGUUCUUUUCUUCCAUUUUCAAAUUCAGAUCUUUUAAUAUAUAGAUAUAUACGUUGGUGA